AUGAUGGAUCCUCCCAUCACCACUCUGAUGCUCCGCAAUGUGCCCCGAAGCUACUCCCAAGAGCAGCUCCUGACGGAGAUCCAGGACGCGUUGGGCAGCGUUGCCGAUUUCAAUCUCUUAUUUUUGCCUUGGGACUCGCGUAACAAUUGCAACGUCGGCUAUGCGUUCCUGAACUUGUGUGACGCGGAGGGGGCGGAACGGUGUCGCGGGGUCCUCAGCGAGUACAAUUUCCGCAGGUCAUUCAAGCCGAAGCAGUGCAGCGUGUUCCCAGCCCACAUACAGGGGCUGGAGAGCAACCUGAUCCACCUCGUCGAGAUGUCCUUGGGCAAGACGGCCACGGGGGGCGAGCCCGACAAGGGCAUGCCAGUCGUCAUCUGGCAGGGGCAGACUCUCAGGUUUCCGCAGUUCGCCGCCGCCCUCCACCAGCUCACCGACGCGCCCGUGGGGCUCAGGCUGCCUGGUCAGCCCUGCGGCAGCGCGAGUCCGCUCUUCUGGUCCGACACGGCCCUGCCGCAGGAGCGCGCGCCAGGGCUUGAGGCCGUGACGACGCGCAGGCCGCCUACGUCCACCAAUGGGACGACGGCGCCCAGGCCGCGCGUGCAGGCGCCGUCGCUGGGGAAGGGCUCCGCGGAGGCUGCCACUGGGCUUUCGAAGCACGUGACCAAAGCCAGCCUCCCGGGGAGGUGCGGCAGCAGCGGCAGUCGCGCCCCGGAGGGGGACGUCGGCAAGGACGACGAUUUCAGCCUCCUGCUGGCAGCGGUGGCGCUCGCCAAGCGCGUCGCGACUGCCAUGGGCGAGAGGCAGCGCCUCUCGCUGCAAGAUCGCCGCGCCGCCGUUCGAAUUCGACGUCCGCCUUCCCCUCCGCCGCCCACCUGGGCCUUCCUGGACAUGCUGAAGCCGCCCCCAGGCCUGGAGCUCCCGCCCGGCCUCCAGCUCGACGCCCCCCCGGAGCUUGCGGCGCGGCCAGCGGCGCCUGCGCGCCAGCCUGCGCCCGCAGGCCCGGAAGUGUGCGGCACGCCAGCGCUCGCCCGCGGGUUUGCCGCCCCCCCCGCACCAGCGCGCGAGGCUGCGGGCGGAGUGGUCGGAGGCGUGGCCAGCGAGGGUCGGGCGCGGCCGCCGACGGCGGCGGCGAGGGGGCCGAGAGUCCUCGAGCUGGGGGAGGACCUCCACGCGCGGGUGUUCGAGAAGUUCUUCGAGAAGUGCUCCAGCGACCCGGGGGUGGCCUUCCGGCCACGCUGGCAGCUGGGCUUCCAGGGGCCGCUCCGGCGGCAGCCGCGGCUUCAUUGA